UGCGAUGAUGUCUGUCAAGGAACUCCAAGUUUUCAGGGACCUUUUGCAUUGUGUCGUAUCAUCAAAAAGAAUGAGCUCUCACAGAAGACAAAUGAUGUCCAUAGAGAACCAAAAGAUAAGCAGGUUGGCAAUGGGACGAGGAAUGUGGACUUUACCUCAACAACAAUUUCAAAUGAGCCCGUGAUCAUCUCCAAUGACAUAUCAGUUCAACCGAGUUACUCAUGCACUGAGAGUAAUUAUUCAAGUCCUGUUACUUCUUCAUAUCAGGCAACACCAGUGGGGGAGUAUGAAACAGCUUCUAUGGGUACCAAUCCUGCAAGCCUUCUGGUCUCACCUGACUUAUUUCUUGAUUCUUCUAAGGAAUACUCAGGGGGAGAUGACUUUCCACAGUACGAGUUUGCAAACUCAAUGACUUCAUGGCAGCCAUAUGAUCGGUAUGAAAUCUCACCUAGUUCAUCAUUCCCGAAUUUUAGAGAGGAUGUUGAGCUUUCUGAUGAUCUCAGCCGAUUAGGCUGUAUGUCACCUUACUCAGAACAAGGAAACUACAUGGGUUACUAUGGAGAUCUGAAUCUGUCUUGUGAAGGGUUUCAAGGAAGGGAUCAAGCUUCAAUCUGCAGACAAAGUAGCGGAGAUGGGAGUUUGGAAGAAUAUAACGGUUUGUGGUCACAUGAAGAUAACUUUGUUAGCUUCUGAUAUUCGAGUCUGUCAAGAUCUGGACAUGCUGUUGGGUUCAAUUUUCAUAAUCCAGAAUGGGUCUCCAAGACAACGCCUUUUAAUGUCGCUCUUGGAUAGGAAAACAAUGAAU